GAUCCGUGGGUGAUUAGAAGAGUUAAAAAAAAAGGUUCAUAAAACUUGUUUUUAUGUGAUGAGCCGACCCUAAAACCUCCGUCACCUUGCCCGGCCAAAUCCCGCCGUCCCCAGAUCCCAAAUCCAAGUGAAGCUCCGGGUGGGUCUUCCCCGAUCAGAUUGAUCCAUCGACCGGACCCCAUGGCCGGCGCGGCCUUCAUCGGGAGCCGCGAGGGCCACGACAUCCCAAGCACCAUGCUGCUCGACCUCUUCGGCUCCGUCAGCCCCAGCCGCAGCGCCGCCACCGCCACGUCCAAGACGAGCGCCGGCCUGCCCAUCGCGGUGACCCUCUGCGCCCUCCGCCCGCCAGUCCUCUCGUACCUCUCCGUCGACUGCGCCGCGUGCCCGGAACCCGAGCCCCUGUCCCUGGCGCCCAAGGUCAUCGCCGCGGACGCCGACCUCGUCCUCCUCCGCGUCCCCGUCGACCGGUCGGCCAGGUUCAGCAUCAGGUUCUGCGACUACUUCGUCUACACGGCGCACCCCCGACGCCCAAGACUGGACCUGCUCCCGACGUCCGCUCCCCAUCGCUUUGAAUUCCAAGACCCGGAGAUGGCCAUACUGAGCUGCGGCGACGGCGACGGCGGCGGCGGUUACGCCGUAGCCGCCCUCCAGACCCUCGGCAAGUUCACCUUCACGCUCUACCUGUACCGCUCCGGGCCCGACGGCGAGCAGGGGGCUUGGACCUCCAAGGUGGUGGAGGUGGAGGAGCCGCUGAGGGAUAAGGUGUGCCCGACGACCCUUCCCUCGUCGCCGGGGCUCUUCCACCACCGGACAAACAACGUGAUCACGCUCGGCGGCGCGAAGGGCACGGUCAUCUGGGUGGAUCUCUGGCGAGGCAUCGUCCUCUGCGACGUGCUCGAGGACAGCCCCAAGCUCCGCGACAUGCCGCUGCCGUUGCCCUCCAAGGGCAACCGGAACGUGCACCUCGACGGCUGCCCCUACUACGCCCGCAGCGUCGUCGUCAACCAGAGCAAGGACACCAUCAAGUACGUCGAGAUGGAGAUCUACCAAGCUAUACCGCUCACUCCCGAGGACAAGGCGCAUCACGAAUGGCUGAGCCAGCAAGAAUGCCCGAUGUACUUCUUGGUCCCUAGCCCCUGGAAGGCCACCACAUGGAGCAUGCCGGUGCCGGUGACCUCAUGGGAGGCCUGGCCUGGCGGCCCCGAUGCUCCGCCCGCUCGGCGGAAAUCGACAUCCCUCCCGACGUCGCGAUGCGUUAUAAGAAGCUGCGCACGGAAGAGGGGGGAACCUUGUCCUCCCUGCGACGCCUCCGCAUGUCUUACCCCACCGUGAGCGUCGCCGACGACGAUGAUGAUGUCGUCUACAUUUUGUCAAGGGAGGGCACCGAUAUGUCGACGGUGCUCGCCGUUGACAUGAGGAUGAAGGCUCUGCGAGGAGUUGCCAAGCUACCAGACCACCACUACGGUUUUAUGCCCUGCUUCCUUGCUACCGGGAUCUCCAAACAUCUCAAGACUACUGGCAGUACAAGUGAAGAAUUCCUUGAGCAGACUGAGGCGCAAGAUGCAAAUGUUUGUCAUCAAGAAAGUACAUGAGUUUGCUUUAUUAUUAUUAAUCCAAGGUGUUUAUGGAGUUUGACUGCUGACCUGUGUGCAAGCUUGGCUGCAGGCGCAGGGUUAAUCCUUUAGAUAAACUGUCAAGAUAUUUAUGUUCUGCUUAUGUACCAUGUGUCUUUCAUUUGCUCAGAUUACCGAGAAAAGAUCUACCGUGCAUGUAUCAGCCACUCAUGCAUGCAUGUAUUUACUGCAGUGCUUAGUUCAUCUGAAUCUGUGGCCCCCAGUUUCAGUAGUUAACGUCAUGUCAAUUAGUCACCUUUUCGCUUGUGCACAUAACUUUCCUCUCUCCCCAAAGAAACGAUGCACUUGGUAUUUCACUCAUCCAUGCUUUUUUGUACUCCAAAGUUUAGACACAGUUUAUUUUUUGAAUC